AUGGGCCAAAAUUUAUUGACAAGGCAAAACUCGGGCGAAACUUUUGUGCGACAGUCUCUCGGAGAUUCGCAAUCGCCGCAGUCGUCACCAGCUGGGUCUGACCCGUACCCUCGAUCGUAAACCCCGUUUCCGCAGCCGUAACAUGGGCCAGACACGCGUAGCCAACACAACCACAACGCUGCCUUCAUCCGCUGAGGUGUCGUCGCCGAAGACAAAUGGCCAGGUGGAUAUAGAGGAGCAGCUGCUGGGCGAGGACAGCUGGGAGGAGUUCUCCAUUGACGUGCCCUGGGGCACAGUGGCGGGUAAAUGGUGGGGUUCUCGGGAACAACAGCCUAUUAUAGCGCUCCAUGGCUGGCAGGAUAACUGCGGCAGCUUCGAUCGCCUGUGCCCGCUGCUGCCCCGCAAUUCGUCCGUCCUGGCCAUCGAUCUGCCCGGCCAUGGCAAGUCCUCGCACUAUCCGCAGGGCAUGCAGUACUUCAUCUUCUGGGACGGCAUCUGCCUGAUCCGUCGCAUUGUCCGAAAGUACAACUGGAAGAAUGUCACCCUGCUGGGCCAUUCACUGGGCGGCGCUUUGACCUUCAUGUACGCCGCCAGCUUUCCGGAUGAGGUAAACAAGCUAAUCAACAUUGAUAUCGCUGGACCCACGGUUCGCGGUGUCCAGCGGAUGGCCGAGGGCACUGGCAAGGCCCUGGACAAGUUCUUGGACUACGAAACGCUGCCCGAGAGCAAGCAGCCUUGCUAUGCGUACGACGAGAUGAUCAAACUGGUGCUGGACGCCUACGAUGGCUCUGUGGACGAGGCGUCGGUGCGUGUCCUGAUGAAGCGGGGAAUGCGGCAUAAUCCCAGUCAGGAUGGUUACCUGUUUGCCCGGGAUCUGCGGCUAAAGGUGAGCCUGCUGGGCAUGUUCACCGCGGAGCAGACCAUGGCCUAUGCCCGUCAGAUUCGUUGCCGAGUGCUGAAUAUACGCGGCACUCCUGGCAUGAAGUUCGAGACGCCGCAGGUCUAUGCGGAUGUGAUUGCCACCCUGAAGGAGCACGCCUCGAAGGUGGUGUACGUGGAGGUGCCGGGUACCCAUCACCUGCACCUGGUUACCCCGGAACGUGUGGCGCCGCACAUCAAGCAAUUUCUGCUGGAACCGUGAGCUACUUAAGUUUGGAGGCUACCUAGUUAGGAUGUAGGAUGUAGGCUAGGCUAGAGUGUAUGUAUGUAUAUAUCAUAUAUCAGUAUAAUGUUGUGAGUAAUAACAAAAUAAAUAUAUGACUAAAUUGUGCACAAAUUUUUACGAAUUUGUUGUAUAUUUUA